GCCAUCAGUAGCAAUAUGUAGGAACAUAGAGCACAUGAGCAGGCGUAGGAUUCGGCAUGCUCUAGAUGCUCCAUUGUCGCAGCCGCAAAGUACCUGUUUGGUCGUUGAGUACGUAUCACAGGGCGGACUCACGAGGAUACCAAGCGUCGCGCUCCAUGUGCAACCUAGUUGCCGAAAGGAGGCAUCACAUGUAUAGUUUGUACUGCAUGGACAACACACUUCUAAAUUUUCAACUUUGAUGUCCAAGUCCAUGACGCGCUGGUCUUUGUGUCAUCAUCUCGCAUCUGCGAUGUACGGAUACGUCGUGAGGGUAUAAAUGUCCAUUGUAUGGCCUUCACACAAACCUCCAAGAACUUUCACGGUCUACAAUGGUUGUCCCUUCACCAUUUGGCCAGCCAUGUUCACCGACCUGAACGUUGGUAGUGCGGUCCCUUCAUUCCAGACGGGAUGGGAAGCUGCCGCCUUCACGCACGUCACCUUCGCCGUUCCCAACAACUGGAAGGCCGGCCGUAUCUGGGCCCGUCGUAACUGUAACUUCAACGACCCCAAUCCAGCAACUCAAUGUGCUGACGGAGGUUGCAACGGAGGCUUGGUCUGCGAUCCCCGUACCGGUACCGGCGUGCCACCGGCCACGGUCGCCGAGUUCACCUUACAAGGAGACGGAAACCGCGAUUUCUAUGACGUGUCCCUCGUUGAUGGGUAUAACUUGCCCGUGCGUAUUGACAACAACAAGGGCUGCCACGUUGCAGAUUGUCCGGUUGAUUUGGGUCCCAACUGCCCUGCUCCACUAAAGGGACCAUUCGAUAGCACCGGUUUCCCCGUCGGAUGCAAGAGCGCAUGCUUGGUCGAUCCCAACCCCACGGACUCCCCGAAUUGCUGCAGCGGGAGCCACAACACAUUAGAAACCUGUCCUACCUCCGGUGUUCAAUUCUAUUCAUACUUCAAGAGCAAUUGCCCCAACUCCUACGCUUAUGCUUUCGACGAGCCUAGCGGAACCGCUCUCUGGACUUGCGAUACCGGUUUGCAGGCUGACUACACUGUCAGUUUCUGCCCUCCUUGAACACCAUGCAGUCAGAGUCGGUAGAGAAACAAAGGGCAACUUACGGCGUUAUUCAACUCCGUUGUAAAUUAUUCAGAGCAGAUGAAGGAACCCAAUAGAGCGUUACUCGGCGGAUGUGGAUACACUUCAACGACGUUACAAAAAUGUCAAUAAGAGCUGAUAACUACACGAAAUAACAUUGAGCAAUACAC